UUAAGGGUUAGUUGUAACUCCCCCACCAUUAACGCGUCUUCCUAUAUAUAGUAGUUAACAUUUUGGAAGCAUUUUCGUGAAAUUUCAUUCUGUGUGCUGUUGGGGGCGGCAGCUCCAUGUCUCUCAAAACGCAAUACCAUGUGCUCCAUUGUCUUCUUAAUCGACUCCCUUUAGCUCCAUACAAUGAUGCCGUCAACUGGGUUGUUUUCAUCUGAUGGAAUCAUUUAAAAAUCAACACACUUGGAUUCUCUUUCAUUUCACAUCUUUGCUAAACCACCAACCACCCUCCAAUCCUCCGGAUCUUAACACACAGUUCCAUAAUUGUUGUGUGUGGGAAAACAAAAUAGGGGAUUCAUGGAAGAGAAGCAUAUUCUGUUUGGGAAAUAUGAGAUGGGGAGAUUGCUUGGGAAAGGCACUUUCGCCAAAGUCUACUACGCGAAGGAAUUAAAAUCGGGUGAAAGCGUCGCGAUAAAGGUCAUCAACAAAGCUGAGGUAAAGAAAGAAGGCAUGAUGGAGCAGAUCAAGAGGGAAAUCUCUGUGACGCGUCUUGUUCGGCAUCCAAACGUAGUGGAACUCAAAGAAGUCAUGGCGACCAAAACCAAGAUCUUCUUUGUUAUGGAGUACGUCCGUGGCGGUGAACUAUUCGCCAAAGUUUUCAAAGGCAAACUCAGAGAAGAGGCUGCUCGUAAGUACUUCCAACAACUGAUAAGCGCAGUCGAUUUCUGCCAUAGCAGAGGUGUUUCGCACCGGGAUUUGAAGCCCGAGAACCUUCUAUUGGACGAGAAUGAAGAUCUGAAGAUCUCUGAUUUCGGGUUGUCGGCCUUGCCAGAGCAGCUUCGCAAUGAUGGGCUCCUCCAUACUCAGUGUGGGACUCCGGCAUAUGUUGCCCCUGAGGUUUUGAGGAAAAAAGGCUACGAUGGAUCCAAAGCUGAUAUCUGGUCUUGUGGGGUUAUCUUGUAUGUGCUUCUCGCAGGUUUCUUACCGUUUCAAGAUGAGAAUAUUAUGAAGAUGUACAGGAAAGUUUUCAAAGCUGAAUUUGAGUUCCCACUCUGGUUUUCAACGGAAUCAAAGCGUUUGAUCUCUAAACUACUCAUGGCUGACCCUGAAAGGAGGAUCGCAAUUCCAGCAAUAAUGCGUGUUCCUUGGUUUCGAAAAGGACUUAGACGUCCCCUUGCGUUUUCAAUUGAGGAACCCAUAUCAGAUAAUACAGAAGAUGAUGAUUCUGCCUCCAAGACUACCAAACCAUCGUCUCCGAAAUUCUUCAACGCUUUUGAGUUCAUUUCCUCUAUGUCGUCAGGGUUUGAUUUGUCGAGUUUGUUCGAAAACAAGAGGAAACCGAUGACGAUGUUCACGUCGAGAUGUUCACCUACAACAAUCAUGGCUAAAAUUGAAGCUGUAGCGAAGGGGUUGAACUUCAGAGUAGGAAAAGUCAAGGACUUCAAGAUGAAACUACAAGGGUUAUCAGAAGGACGGAAGGGGAAGCUCUUGGUGACGGCGGAGGUGUCUGAAGUGGCACCGGAGGUUGCAAUUGUGGAAUUCUCCAAGUCUUCCGGUGACACCUUGGAAUAUGCUCAGUUCUGCGAGGAAAGUGUGAGGCCUGCAUUAAAAGACAUUGUUUGGACAUGGCAAGGUGACAAUUUCAACUACUCUAGUAACGUUAAAAUCGAGAGAGAAGAAUGUGAAAAGUGUCAGCCACAUACAGCCUAACCCCCUACGUACAAAUUAGAGAAACUUGGUUUUGUUUUUCCUUCUAUUUUGGAAAGAUAGGUUUCAGAAUUUGUAAAUCCUACUAUUACUCUGUAAUUACUACAGUAAUGUUUGCUUGCAAGUUUGAAGUUUGGUUACAGAUAAUAGAUACAGCCCAUGGAUUGUCGGAUAAGAAA